AUGCAGAACAAUGAAGGGACAAAUAAGAGAAUCGCUAUCAUUAGUGCUUCUUCCUUGAUCCUUGUAGCCAUGGUGGUGGCAGUCACGGUCGGCGUCAAUCAGCACCCGACCGCCGGGUCCGACGGAACAAAGACUGUCAGCAACGAUGAUGAGCAGAUACAGACCUCCAUGAAGGCAAUCAAGGCUAUAUGUCAACCCACCGACUACAAAGAAACAUGCAUCAAGAGCCUCUCCUCUGCUGCCGGAAACACCACUGAUCCCAAGGACCUCGUCAAAAUUGCGUUCAAGAUCGCCACGAAACAGAUCAAAGAGGCUGUCAAUCGCUCGGUCGUGCUAAAGGAAUUGGAGAAGGAUCCAAGGGCAUCAAAGGCUCUUGCAAACUGCCGUGAGUUAAUGGACUAUGCUAUUGACGAACUCAAUUCCUCUUUUGAUGAGCUCGGUUCCAUUGACAUCGACGACAUCGAUGAUGCACUCGAGAAUCUCAAGAUCUGGCUUAGCGCUUCCCUCACAUACCAGGAAACAUGCUUGGACGGAUUUCAGAACACCACUGGAAAUGCCGGAGAGUCCAUGAGAAAAGCAUUGAAGACAGCUGGUGAACUCACUCAGAAUGGCCUCGCCAUGGUUACUGAGGUAGCCUCCAUUCUUACCUCUUUGCAGAUGCCUUCUAAGCGUCGACUUCUUUCUUCCGAGCAGCAAUCGCAAUGUCCCUUCGCCAUGGAGGAUGAAUUCCCUACCUGGACGUCUGCUGCAAAACGGAGACUCCUAGCAGCUUCUCGGGCUAACAUCAAACCUAAUAUAACCGUUGCCAAAGAUGGAAGUGGCAAAUACAAGACCAUCAGUGAAGCACUACGUCAUGUCCCCAAGAAUUCAAAUGAGACUUUUGUCAUACACAUCAAGGCCGGAGUUUAUCACGAGCAAGUGCAAAUCAACCGGAGCAUGACCCACCUGAUGAUAAUCGGAGAUGGUCCCACAAAGACCAAAAUCACCGGGAAUAAAAACUUCGUUGACGGAACCCCGACAUUCAAGACUGCAACAGUUGCCGUGAUCGGAGAUGGGUUCAUGGCCAAGGACAUCGGAUUUGAGAAUAGCGCCGGACCGGAAAAGCAUCAGGCCGUGGCAUUGCGAGUCCAGUCAGACAUGUCCAUUUUCUACAACUGUCAAAUCGAUGGGUAUCAAGACACUCUCUAUGCUCACACCCACCGCCAGUUCUAUCGUAAUUGCACCAUCUCUGGGACAAUCGAUUUCAUCUUUGGAAACUCCGCAGUUGUUCUCCAGAAAUGCAGAAUUGUGGUGAGGAAACCACUGGAAAAUCAGCAGAACAUUGUUACAGCCCAUGGCAGGAAAGACAGACGCGAGCCCACUGCUAUUAUCCUUCAAAGUUGUCGCAUCGUCGCUGACCCCUUGUUGUUCCCAGUAAGGAACACGACACGGUCAUACCUCGGUCGCCCAUGGAAGGAGUACUCCAGAACCAUAAUCAUGCAAACCCUAAUUGAUGACUUGAUCAAUCCAGAUGGGUGGCUCCCAUGGAGCGGCGACUUUGCUCUCAAGACUUGUUUCUACGCUGAAUACAAUAACAGAGGCCCAGGAGCUGUCCUUACCCAGAGAGUGAAGUGGCGUGGUAUCAAGACUUCCAUCAUGACCCCUGAGAAAGCUCAACAGUUCACGGCUGGAAGAUUCAUCCGGGGUGAUAGUUGGAUCAAGCCAACAGGAGUGCCCUACGAUUCUGGCUUAUCAUCCAUGUAA